GGGCUGAGCCACGGCUCGCCUCGGGCUGCCUUCCCGCUGUCCUCUUGUUCCCUGACACGCCGCCACAGCCGGUUCCUCCCGAGCGGGGAUGCGAGGCGGCGGCGGCAGCAGCAAUGUGGAUUUAUAUUCGCCUGCGCUGUAGCCGCCGGGGAGAGACGCAAGGGCACCAGCCCUAGAGACUAUGGCUAGCGGCUCCCGCCGGGCUGAGCCGGGGCGCUGCUGAAAGUUCCUGCCCAACCCCUCUGGCCAGGACCAUUUCUUUAGGGAGUUCCUAUUCCUUAUUUUCAUGACUCUGAGCAUACUUAAUCAGAAAUGGAGCAGAUGGACUGCAAACCCUACCAGCCACUGUCAAAAGUUAAGCAUGAAACGGAUCUAGCUUAUACAAGUUCUUCAGAUGAAAGUGAAGAUGGGAGAAAACCAAAACAAUCCUAUGACUCCAGAGAAACUCUAAAUGAAUAUAGCCAAGAACUAAGACUGAACUAUAACAGCCAUAGCAGAAAGAGAAAAAACGAUGACAAAUCCAGUCAAGAGAUGGAAUUCUGUGAAAAUCCACACAUUGUGUGCUCUGGCUACCAGACAGACUUGCAUGGUGUAUCUCAGCAUGGUUACCCGUUGGAGAUGGGUUCAGAUGUGGAUACGGAGACUGAAGGUGGUGCUUCACCACCAGAUCAUGCUCUGAGGAUGUGGAUGACAGGGAUGAAAUCAGAACACAGUUCCUGUUUGUCAAGCCGGGCAAAUUCAGCUUUGUCCCUCACUGACACUGACCAUGAAAGGAAGUCUGAUGGAGAAAAUGAUAUACCGGGCAGCCCACGUAACCAGUUCACAUUCAGACCACUCCCACCCCCUCCACCACCACCACAUGCAUGCACCUGCAGCAGAAAACCACCUCCAACAGCAGAUUCUCUCCAGAAAAGAUCAAUGACCACCCGCAGUCAGCCCAGUCCAGCUACUCAAACCCCUCCAACCAGUACGCAAGAUUCCGUACAUCUGCAUAACAGCUGGGUCUUGAAUAGUAAUAUACCAUUGGAGACAAGAAGUGAGUGGGAGUUUUGCUGGCCCUCGACUGUGGAAUUCCCUUCCACCAGAAAUCAGGAUGACCACGUAUCUUGCCACCUACCAAGCGAAAAGCAUUUCCUAUUUAAACAUGGAUCUGGUUCUUCAGCUAUCUUCAGUGCAGCCAGUCAGAACUAUCCUUUAACAUCCAAUACGAUUUAUUCUCCACCUCCUAGGCCACUUCCUAGAAGUACAUUUUCUAGACCGGCCUUCACUUUUAACAAACCUUACAGGUGCUGCAACUGGAAGUGCACUGCUUUGAGUGCUACAGCUAUUACAGUUACUCUGGCACUGUUGCUAGCCUAUGUUAUUGCAGUACAUUUAUUUGGCUUAACAUGGCAACUGCAGCCUGUAGAAGGGCAGCUCUAUGAAAAUGGAGUCAGCAAAGGAAACAGGGCCACAGAGUCCAUGGAUACUACCUACUCGCCAAUUGGAGGGAAAGUGUCCGAUAAAUCAGAGAAGAAAGUAUUUCAGAAAGGACAGGCCAUAGACACAGGAGAAGUUGACAUUGGAGCACAAGUUAUGCAGACCAUCCCACCAGGUUUAUUCUGGCGUUUUCAGAUUACUAUCCAUCACCCGGUGUACCUGAAGUUUAACAUUUCACUUGCAAAGGACUCUCUGCUGGGAAUUUAUGGUAGAAGAAACAUUCCUCCCACACAUACUCAGUUUGAUUUUGUAAAACUGAUGGAUGGAAAACAGUUAAUUAAACAGGAACCAAGGAGCUCAGAGGAGUCUCAGCAUGCUCCUAGGAAUUUGAUCUUAACAUCCCUGCAAGAGACAGGUUUCAUUGAAUAUAUGGAUCAAGGAGCUUGGCACAUGGCAUUUUACAAUGACGGAAAGAAAAUGGAGCAAGUAUUUUUAUUAACUACAGCAAUUGAAAUCAUGGAUGACUGUUCCACUAAUUGCAAUGGGAAUGGAGAGUGUAUCUCAGGUCACUGCCACUGUUUCCCAGGAUUCCUCGGGCCUGACUGUGCAAGAGACUCAUGCCCAAUACUGUGCAAUGGAAAUGGAGAAUAUGAGAAAGGUCACUGUGUAUGCCGCAACGGAUGGAAAGGCCCAGAGUGUGAUGUUCCGGAAGAACAAUGUAUUGAUCCAACCUGCUUUGGCCAUGGUACUUGCAUCAUGGGAGUAUGUAUUUGUGUCCCAGGAUACAAAGGAGAAAUUUGUGAGGAAGAGGAUUGUUUAGAUCCUAUGUGCUCUGGCCAUGGUGUCUGCAUUCAAGGGGAAUGUCACUGCUCUGCAGGCUACGGAGGAGUAAACUGUGAGACAUCUCUUCCAGUAUGUCAAGAGCAAUGCUCAGGCCAUGGGACUUUCCUUGUGGAUACUGGUGUCUGUAGCUGUGAGCCUAAGUGGACAGGUUCAGACUGCUCAACAGAAUUAUGCACUAUGGACUGUGGUAGCCAUGGUGCUUGUUCAAGAGGAAUAUGCCAAUGUGAAGAAGGCUGGGUUGGACCAAGCUGUGAGGAACGUACAUGCCACUCUCACUGUGCUGAACACGGCCAGUGCAAAGAUGGGAAGUGUGAGUGCAGCCCUGGAUGGGAAGGGGAUCACUGUACCAUUGCUCACUACUUAGAUGCUGUGCGAGAUGGCUGCCCAGGUCUGUGUUAUGGAAAUGGGAGGUGCACUCUUGAUCAGAAUGGAUGGCACUGCGUGUGUCAGGUGGGAUGGAGUGGCACAGGAUGUAACGUUGUCAUGGAAAUGGUGUGUGGGGAUAAUAUGGAUAAUGAUGGAGAUGGUUUGACAGACUGUGUAGACCCUGAUUGUUGUCAGCAAAGCAAUUGCUACGCAAGCCCUCUCUGCCAAGGGUCACCUGAUCCUCUUGACCUCAUUCAGCACAGCCAGCCUCCUUUCUCUCAGCAUCCUCCAAGGCUCUUUUAUGAUAGAAUCAAGUUCCUUAUUGGCAAGGAGAGCACUCACGUAAUCCCUGGAGAUGUCUUAUUUGACAGCAGACGUGCCUGUGUAAUUCGAGGCCAGGUGGUAGCAUUCGAUGGAACCGCUUUGGUAGGAGUGAAUGUCAGUUUCCUGCACCGCAGUGACUACGGAUACACCAUCAGCCGACAGGAUGGAAGUUUUGACCUUGUGGCUAUUGGAGGUAUCUCUGUCACCCUGGUCUUUGACAGAUCUCCUUUCAUUUCUAAGAAAAGGACACUUUGGUUGCCUUGGAAUAGGUUUAUUGUAGUAGAAAAAGUUGUCAUGCAAAGAACAGAGUCGGACCCACCAUCUUGUGACAUCACUAGCUUUAUCAGCCCAAAUCCAAUUGUACUCCCAUCACCUCUGACAACAUUUGGAGGAUCCUGUCCAGAGAGAGGAACAGUCAUUCCAGAGCUCCAGGUGGUCCAGGAGGAAAUCCCAAUUCCGUCUAGCUUUGUGAAGCUCAGUUACCUCAGCAGUCGAACCCCUGGAUAUAAAACUUUGCUCCGCAUUAUUUUGACACAUGCAGCCAUCCCUCCUGGAAUGACAAAAGUACAUCUUACAGUUGCUGUUGAAGGGCGGCUACUUCAGAAGUGGUUUCCUGCUGCUACAAACCUGGUCCAUGCUUUUGCCUGGAACAAGACAGACAUUUAUGGACAGAAGGUGUCUGGUCUGGCAGAGGCAACAGUGUCAGUAGGAUAUGAAUAUGAAACAUGCCAUGAUUUUAUUCUGUGGGAGAAAAGGACAGCUAUCCUGCAGGGUUUUGAGAUGGAUGCUUCAAAUCUGGGGGGUUGGUCCAUAAACAAACACCAUGUAUUGAAUCCACAGAGUGGGAUCGUACACAAAGGGAAUGGAGAAAACAUGUUCAUUUCCCAGCAGCCACCAGUCAUCUCAACCGUCAUGGGUAACGGACAUCAGAGAAGUGUCUCCUGCUCCAACUGCAAUGGUCUUGCUCUCAGCAGCAAACUCUUUGCCCCGGUUGCCUUGGCUUCUGGUCCAGAUGGCAGUGUGUAUAUUGGAGACUUCAAUUUUGUCAGACGCAUCUUUCCCUCGGGAAAUUCCAUUAGCAUUUUAGAAUUAAGGAACAGAGAUACAAGACAUAGCACAAGUCCAGCUCACAAGUACUACCUAGCUGUGGACCCAGUGUCAGAAUCCCUUUACUUGUCAGAUACCAACACCAGGAGAGUCUACAAAGUGAAAUCUCUUAGUGAAACAAAGGAUUUGACAAAGAACUAUGAUGUGCUGGCAGGGACAGGUGAACAGUGCCUUCCGUUUGAUCAGAGUCACUGUGGAGAUGGUGGGAGGGCAUCAGAAGCUUCACUCAACAGUCCUAGAGGUAUCACUGUGGAUAAGUAUGGAUUCAUUUACUUUGUUGAUGGUACCAUGAUUCGGAAGAUUGAUGAAAGUGGUGUGAUCACAACAGUAAUAGGUUCAAAUGGUCUUACAUCAACACAGCCACUGAGCUGUGACUCCGGAAUGGACAUCACUCAGGUACGGUUAGAGUGGCCAACAGACCUCGCCAUCAACCCUAUAGACAACUCAUUGUAUGUACUGGACAAUAACAUUGUGCUGCAGAUUUCUGAGACUAAGCGUGUGCGAAUUAUUGCGGGUCGCCCUAUUCACUGCCAGGUACCAGGCAUGGAUCAUUUCUUGGUCAGCAAGGUGGCAGUCCAUUCAACCCUGGAAUCAGCUAGAGCAAUCAGUGUAUCUCACAGUGGAGCACUGUACAUUGCUGAGACAGAUGAAAGAAAGAUAAACCGCAUACAGCAAGUUACAACAAAUGGUGAGAUCUCCAUAAUUGCUGGCGCCCCAACAGAUUGUGACUGCAAGAUUGACCCAAAUUGUGACUGUUUCUCAGGUGAUGGUGGAUAUGCCAAAGAUGCAAAGCUGAAAGCACCUUCUUCUCUAGCAGUCUCUCCUGAUGACACACUGUACAUAGCAGAUCUUGGCAAUAUUCGCAUCCGUGCAGUCAGUCGAAACAAGCCUCAUCUCAGUGACAUGAAUAUUUAUGAGAUUGCAUCCCCAGCAGACCAGGAACUGUAUCAGUUUACCACCGAUGGAACCCAUCUUCACACACUUAAUCUGAUAACAAGGGACUAUAUUUACAAUUUCACAUACAAUGGAGAAGGAGACAUUGCCACAAUCACUAACAGCAAUGGGAAUUCAGUUCAUAUUCGCAGAGAUGCUAGUGGGUUGCCUCUGUGGCUAGUGGUGCCUGGAGGCCAGGUGUAUUGGCUAACAGUAAGCAGCAAUGGUGUUCUGAAAAAAGUAUAUGCUCAAAGUUACAGUUUAGCUCUGAUGACAUAUCCUGGCAACACAGGUCUUCUAGCAACCAAAAGUAAUGAGAAUGGAUGGACAACAGUUUAUGAGUAUGACCUUGAAGGCCACCUGACUAAUGCAACCUUUCCAACUGGUGAGGUCAGCAGUUUCCACAGUGAUGUUGAAAAACUAACAGGAGUAGAACUUGAAUUUUCAAACAGAGAGAAUGUGAUCACAGCUACAAACUUCUCAGCUACCUCUACUAUAUACACUUUAAAACAAGACAACACGCAGAAUAUCUAUCGGGUCAGCCCAGAUGGUUCGCUCAGAGUCACAUUUGCCAGCGGAAUGGAGAUCACUCUAAACACAGAGCCCCACAUUCUAGCAGGUGUUGUUAACCCCACUUUGGGAAAGUGCAAUAUCUCAUUACCUGGAGAGCAUAAUUCAAACCUCAUAGAAUGGAGGCAAAGGAAGGAGCAGACCAAAGGCAAUAUCUCAGCAUUUGAGAGAAGGUUACGGGCCCACAACAGAAACCUGUUAUCCAUUGAUUUUGACCACGUAACCAGAACAGGAAAGAUCUAUGAUGACCAUCGAAAAUUCACUCUUCGGAUUCUGUAUGACCAAACGGGACGUCCAAUUCUGUGGUCACCCAUCAGCAAAUAUAAUGAAGUCAACAUCACUUACUCACAUUCAGGAUUAGUGACCUACAUUCAGAGAGGAACAUGGACUGAGAAAAUGGAGUAUGAUCCAAGUGGGAAGAUAAUUUCCAGAACAUGGGCAGAUGGUAAAAUAUGGAGCUACACAUACUUAGAAAAGUCUGUGAUGCUCCUCUUGCACAGCCAACGCCGCUACAUUUUUGAAUAUGACCAAUCAGAUUAUCUGCUCUCAGUCACCAUGCCAAGUAUGGUGCGCCAUAGUUUGCAAACCAUGCUUUCAGUUGGGUACUAUCGCAAUAUCUACACCCCACCAGACAGCACUGCUUCUUUCAUACAAGAUUUCACCGGAGAUGGACGACUUCUGCAAAUACUAUAUCCUGGAACAGGUCGCAGGGUCCUUUAUAAAUAUACCAGACAGUCCCGACUAUCAGAGAUUCUUUAUGAUACUACUCAAGUUACAUUUACAUAUGAAGAAUCUUCUGGGGUUAUUAAAACAAUACACUUAAUGCAUGAUGGGUUCAUCUGCACCAUCAGAUAUAGGCAAACAGGCCCUCUUAUUGGUCGUCAGAUCUUCAGAUUUAGUGAAGAAGGCCUUGUAAAUGCCAGAUUUGACUACAGUUACAACAAUUUCCGGGUCACAAGCAUGCAGGCCAUGAUAAAUGAGACUCCUCUUCCUAUAGAUCUGUACCGAUAUGUUGAUGUAUCUGGAAGGACUGAACAAUUUGGAAAAUUCAGUGUAAUCAAUUAUGACUUAAACCAAGUUAUAACUACCACAGUGAUGAAACACACCAAGAUUUUUAGUGCCAAUGGUCAGGUGAUUGAAGUGCAAUAUGAAAUUCUUAAGUCCAUAGCCUACUGGAUGACCAUUCAGUAUGAUAGUAUGGGUCGUAUGGUGAUAUGUGAUAUACGAGUAGGAGUAGAUGCCAACAUAACAAGGUAUUUUUAUGAGUAUGAUGCUGAUGGUCAACUUCAAACUGUCUCUGUGAAUGACAAAACCCAGUGGCGUUAUAGUUAUGACCUGAAUGGAAACAUCAACUUGCUUAGUCAUGGAAACAGUGCCCGUCUCACUCCUCUGAGAUAUGAUCUUAGAGAUCGCAUCACUAGACUAGGAGAAAUUCAGUACAAAAUGGAUGAAGAUGGUUUUCUUAGACAAAGAAGCAAUGAAAUAUUUGAGUAUAACUCGAAUGGUCUCCUGAACAAAGCUUACAACAAAGUGUCUGGUUGGACUGUGCAAUACUGUUAUGAUGGGCUUGGACGACGAGUUGCAAGUAAAUCAAGUCUAGGACAACACCUACAGUUCUUUUAUGCUGAUCUCUCCAAUCCAAUAAGAGUUACUCAUUUAUACAAUCAUACUAGCUCAGAAAUAACUUCCCUGUAUUAUGAUCUUCAAGGCCAUCUCAUUGCUAUGGAGUUAAGCAGUGGAGAAGAAUAUUAUGUUGCUUGUGACAACACCGGCACACCCCUAGCUAUCUUUAGCAGUCGGGGCCAAGUAAUAAAAGAAAUUCUGUACACACCUUAUGGAGAUAUCUACCAGGACACUUAUCCAGAUUUUCAGGUUAUCAUUGGUUUUCAUGGAGGGCUCUAUGAUUCUCUUACUAAAUUAGUGCACUUGGGUCAAAGGGAUUAUGACGUCAUUGCUGGACGUUGGACAACGCCAAAUCAUCAUGUGUGGAAACAUCUAAACACCAUUCCCAAACCAUUUAAUCUUUACUCGUUUGAAAAUAACUAUCCAGUUGGCAGAAUUCAAGAUGUUGCUAAAUAUACGACAGACAUUGGAAGUUGGCUAGAGCUGUUCGGUUUCCAGCUACACAAUGUGCUUCCUGGAUUUCCAAAACCAGAGAUAGAAACUGUGAAGACAACAUAUGAACUUUUACAACUUCAAACAAAAACCCAAGAAUGGGAUCCUGGAAAGACUAUCCUUGGCAUUCAGUGUGAGCUGCAAAAACAACUUAGGAACUUUAUAUCCUUGGACCAGCUUCCUAUGACCCCCAGAUACAGCGACGGGAGGUGUCUUGAAGGAGGAAAACAGCCCAGGUUUGCGGCCAUUCCUUCUGUUUUUGGCAAAGGUAUUAAAUUUGCCAUUAAGGAUGGGAUAGUGACUGCUGAUAUUAUAGGAGUAGCAAAUGAGGAUAGCCGGCGCAUUGCCGCCAUCCUCAGCAAUGCUCACUAUCUUGAGAACCUCCAUUUUACCAUAGAAGGGCAAGAUACACACUACUUCAUCAAGCUGGGGUCUUUGGAAGAAGAUUUGGCUCUGAUAGGCAACACAGGAGGCCGGCGCAUUUUGGAGAAUGGCGUCAAUGUCACUGUGUCUCAGAUGACUUCUGUGAUAAAUGGGAGGACUAGACGGUUUGCUGAUAUACAGCUCCAACAUGGUGCUUUGUGCUUUAAUGUUCGAUAUGGAACAACCAUUGAAGAAGAAAAGAACCAUGUCUUAGAAAUAGCCAGGCAGAGGGCAGUAGCUCAGGCCUGGACUAAGGAAAAAAAACGGCUGCAAGAAGGGGAAGAAGGCAUUAGGGCAUGGACAGAGGGAGAAAAACAGCAGCUUUUAAGCACUGGGAGGGUACAAGGCUAUGAUGGAUAUUUUGUUUUAUCUGUGGAGCAGUAUCUAGAACUUUCUGACAGUGCCAACAAUAUUCACUUUAUGAGACAGAGUGAAAUAGGCAGGAGGUAACAAAGAAAACCUCUGCCUUUGCGUCACCAAAGACUGCCUGUUUUUAAACAUAAAAUGGUUUAUUGUAUUGGUUUUUCUAGAGCAGAACUCUGUAUAUAGAAAUGUAGAGGAAAACACAUAUCCAACUGCCUUUAAAUGUGACAGAAGAUGGUAUUUUAAUAUUGUUUGUUUAACUCUGAGAGAUGACAGUGAAGAUUUUUAGUUCUUGUGUGGCAGUAUUCAAAAUUUCAGAAGCAGAGUUCAAAUGGUUAAACAACACAACUUAGAAAGGCACCACUCAUUUAAAUUGCAGAUACGUGCAGAAAAUUUAAGAAUUUGUGUGCUCUGCUUUCUUCUUGAAGAUACAUCUCUUCUUAGUUCAUUAAUUUAAUAACUCGCAGAUGAUUUAAAUUAAAAGGUUAUAGAGCUUGAUUCUGCAACCCUUACUCACCUGGGUAGUCUUUAAUCCCAUGAGUUCUUCCAUUGACUUUAAUGGGAUGGCUCACAAGAGCAAGUGCUGCAGAACUGUAUUUUGAACCUUGUAUCAGCACAUUUCAUUUUUCACAAAUAUGAUCUAAAGAAGUUCCAGACCUGAACUGGAAAACGGGGAAACGCAGUAGGCAUUGGAUACAGUAGCACAGAAUGGCUGUCCCAUAUUACAUUUAUCUUCACUCAUCCAUUGUCUCCUCCCAUUCUCUCAGUGAUAAAUGUCAUGUUGUAUUGAGUUUUGCACGUGGCAGUGUUCUAUGAUUCUCUUCCUGAGGGCUUCGUUCAGACCUGAGUUACACUGGAUUCUGCUGGCAUAACCCCAAGCACAGAAGUCUGAUGGCAGAAAGUCCACCUGACCAAGUGUUGCAUGAGGUGCCACAGCUAGCCAUCACCCUCUAAAAGUAGACAGAAAUGUGCACAAGGGUCUGAUCCAAAGCCCCCACGUUGACUUUCCAUUGACUUCAGUGAGCUUUAGAUCAGGCCCUGAUUCAGUGCACCCCAAGCAAUCUCUGCCAGUAGUAAUUCUGUGGACCCCCAGACAAACUUAAAGCUACUCUACUGGAAGGAUUCACACACGCCCUCUUUGCCAGUGAGGAUGAAAAAACGUCUGUCUCACUAUAGAGAAUAGUAUCCUUUGUGUUCACUGGACAAGGAUUCUUCAGUUCAUGAUUCAUUUAUAAAUUGGAGUGGUAUCGUUUUUUUGUCAUCACCUUAGCCUCUUCUCACAUUAAUAAUUAUGCUAUAUGACUCAAUUUUUGUGUGUGAAAUAGACUGGUGGGUCAGAAUUCGGUGAACUUAAGUGUGGAUAGUAAGUGUCGGACAUUUUGGGAAUGAUUCUACACUUUUUGGCUCAGUUUGUAGAGCACAUAGCAAAGUGUUAUAAUGGUAGGGCGGGAAUUUUAUUUCGCAGGAUAUCAUGAGCUGUCGAUACAGUGAUUUCAUAGCAAAGUGUGUGAUCUUUCUUUUAAUCUGUCAUUUUUAAGGACCUAAUUGUUUUGUGGGGGAUUGUGUGCAAAUUUUCUUUGUUAAUUUCAGACGGGAUUAGAAUUUUCUUUUAGAACCUAUGUAUCUUUAAUGGUGACAUUAUUGCACAUUUUUACCAAAACAGACAUAGUAAAUAUAGUCUAAUCAUCUCUGCUCAUAUUUACUUUUGCCAAAAUCAGAGUUGGUUGGUUUUUUUUCCUUUCCUGCUUUCUUUUUUCUUCUGUUUUUGGGCAAGUGGAACAAACUGUAGUGAACUUAGAGAGGAGCCUGAAUUGGAACAUCAGGUCUGAUCCCCCUUCAAACUUCGGGGAAGUUUGGAUCCAGUUCUCAACUUCACAACUUGGGCCUCCCUUUAUGGGUUUAGUCCUGCUCCCAUUGAAGUCAAUGACCGGCUUCACUGGUGCAAUAUCGGGCGCAGUGAUGAACUGAUCCAGAAGAAUGCCAUCCACACACCACCCCAAACUCUGGGGACAUUUGGAUUGAAAUCCAGAUCCAAAUAUUGUGAUUGGGCUCAUCACUCACUGACAUACAAUACUGGGAGCUGACCAAGUCUGGUAUUGAUAGCUCUCAUCUCUGUAAUUUCCCAUAAAAUCAUGGAGAAUUUGGAUACCUCCACACCAGCCUAAAAAUGGACCUUCAGAUCCUUUAGCCUCUGAUAUUCUUUUAAUCAAUGAAAAAAUAAUUUAUGAACUGUAUAUAGAGAGUGCGUUCAUAAAUGUGAUGACGUAUUUUAUCACUGAUCCAAGAUGUCAAUAUUAGAGUCUAUUUUACUUAUAUUUUAACCAAUUAUACUUUUUUGCAAUUCGCUAAUGAUGUAUCAUUUUCAAACUGCUUUAAAUAUCCAUUAUAAACACACAUUUGAAGUUCUUAAUAGUAAAUUACCUUGAACUGUGCAUUUCUAGUAUGUAAUACAUAUUUAGUUAGCUUGUGCCUUUAGUUUCUUAAAGUUAUAUUUGUAUUAUAUGCAGGAAAUGCACCUUGGAUUACCUACAGCUGUGGUUUUUAAUACUGCCUUGAUUAUUAUUAUUCUCAUUGUUAUGCCAAAAGGUCAAAGAGUGAAAUGUAUUACAAGUUUGUCUCUCAAAGCAGAUCUGGCAUUUUUCCAGUUCAUGCGCAGAAAAUUUAAGAUACAAUUUUGGACAGUGUUUCUUAUGAAAAUAUGGAUGUAUAAAGAAUCAAAUGACAUUACAUGGCCCUGUAUUCUGGUGAUAUAAGAAAAUGUCUUCAUCGUGUUUGGUUAUAAAACAGAGAAAAAUAAAAAUUCAGUGUCAUUUUUAGAUGAGCACGAUAGCAUUUCU